AUGGAAUGGUUACACUUUGUAGAAGUGGAUGUGGAUCGUGAAGAAUGUGAAGGUGACGCUCGAAUCAUGAAGGCCACCCAGGACACACUGUACACCCCAAAUAUUGAAGAGCUUCUCAACAAGGUGACUCCAGAAAACCCUUUGAAGGUGACUCAUACGGUGGAUCCUCGAGAAGUACUACCAGUUGUGGAGCAGUGGGUCCCAGCCAUGAAGGCGGAGUUGGAUGCGUUGGAAGGAAUGCCAGCAAUCAAGAGAUACUGCGGCCUGGAGGCGGAUGCUCUGAGAAGAGAUCAAAACGUAGUCAUUGUCCCGAGCAAGCUCGUCUUCACCGUCAAGCCUGGGGUGGAGCCGGGAGCCUUUAGAAGGAAGGUUCGAGGAGUGGCUUGUGGAAACUUCUCUGGGGAGUCGGCCGAGGAGCUUGGUGAUGUGUAUUCUGCUGGAGCUACAAUUGACUUGGUGAGACUAUGUUUGGCGGAGGUCAAUGCGAAUCCUGGAUGGAUAGCGGUCACCGAUGACAUAAAAACCGCCUUUCUACGGGCUCCAAUUCCAGAGCUUCCCAAUGGACGAAGGUAUGCAAUGGAGGCGCCAAGGGCAAUGAUACGAGCAGGACUCGCCCAGCCGGGCGAGUUGUGGCUAGCAACAGCAGCAGUCUACGGCUUCCAGCGGAGCCCGAAAUGGUGGAGUCAAUAUAGGAACGCUACAACCAAAACAGCGACUUGGAAUUCUCCAAGGGGUGGAACUAUGAAAGUCGUUCCUUGCAUCACCGACGACAACCUCCACAAGCUCGUCGAGGUGCUACCGGACGGUGAGCAUAUCGUGGGGUACGUCCUCUUCUACGUCGAUGACACCUUAGCAGUGGGACUUCCUGAGUAUGUCCACGGCUUCUACGAUUGGUUGGAAGCUACAUGGGAGACCAGUGGAAGAGAGCAAGUAUCCAAGGAAGGCGUAGUACGGUUUCUAGGUCUCGAGCUGUCAUUAGACGAGGCUGGAAAGAUGAUGAUUGGACAACGUGGCUACGUGGACGAGCUCUUGAGGAAGCGGGAAGUCACGACCUACAGCAAGGUGCCGUUUGUCAAGGAGUGGGCGACGGAUGAGAUCCCGAAGGACGCCGAUUGCGCCCCGGAGCUUGUAAAGGAGGCCCAGCAACGGUGUGGUGAAAUUCUCUGGGCUACCCAGCGGAGUAGGCCAGAUGCGGCCUAUGCGGCGAUGAUGAUGUCGAAGCUGACAACAAGGUGGCCAGAGCGGGCGAUAGUCAUUGCCAAGAAGAUCUUGACGUACUUCAAUGCCACCCGGGAGGCCGGCUUUGUAAUCGGACGUGAUCUACCUCAAGGCUUGAUGAUGUUUAGCGACGCUUCCCACGCCCCGACGGGUGCCAAGUCAAUCUCAGGAAGCCUGGUGAUGUGGCGAGGGAUGCCAAUAUGUUGGAGAUCGGCCAAUCAGGGCUUGACAGCCUUGAGUAGCGCUGAAGCCGAGCUCAUAGCUUUGAGUGAGGGCACGCAGCUGGUCAGGGCAGUGCGAACGACCUUGGAGGACAUGGGCAUUUCUCCUGGGACCACGGAGCUACGAGUUGAUGCGACAGUCAUGGAUGCUUAUGGGAGAGUGGGGCUUCACAAAGGGACCGUCAACCUCAAUGAGGAGAUUGGAGGCGUGGACUCGGACUAUGAGCUAUGGUUGGCUGUGAUGUUGAUUGCAGUGACAACAGUCGUGGUCUGGGAAUGGAGCAAGAAAACAGNNAG